CUAAGAUAUUGCCAGUUUUCAAGAGAUGCAGCAUCGAUGCACGUAAAUAUACGGCACAUCGCGGCUAAGUCUGGCUCCCCGGAUCUACUCAAUGUCCUUAUAUAGUCACCCAGAUUCCUGUUGUGCCAUGGUGUAUUGGCGGCGAAGCACGAUCCAGAAAGGCGUAUUUGACGCAGUUUACGUGCGGUGAUUCAGAACUGUUCUUUCUUGCGAUCAGCUCAUCGUCACAAUGUUCUUUUCAUACCUCUUGGCCUGUGGGAAGUUUGCUGGCCUAGCAAGGGCAGAGUACUACCCAGAAUAUGAACUUGACGAACCGAUGCUGAGGGGGCCUCCUCGAACGAGCUCCUCAGCAAUGCUUCGAUUUGGCUGCUCACAGGUCGUGAUUGAGCGGCUUGAUCCUCUCGUGGAACCGGGCGCGACGCCGUCAUCGCAUAUGCACCAGGUUGUAGGAGGGAACGCCUUCGCUGCCUCGAUGCCUACCACGGAUAUCGCAAAACUCGGGUCCUGCACGACGUGCCAUUUCGAGGAGGAUCUCUCCAAUUAUUGGACAGCGAACCUGUACUUCAAAGCAGGUUUCCGUAUGCUCAGCGGAGAUUCGACCAAGCGCGAGUCGGACAACCUCAGGAACAAGACGCAACAGUGCUACCGCUGCUACACGGCCGAGAACUGGGGAGGGAGCAUGUAUUCUCCUUGCAUGGAUCCCGAGCUGGACACUGAUCACUUUCCGAACCAGCAAUGCGUUGGUGGGAUCCGGUCCAACAUCAUCUUCCCCCAGUACGGUCUAUGUCUAUGUCUCAGAUCAUACCCUGGGUUUAUGGUCUACAACAACUGGGUUUGUGCCAAGGAGGUACUGCGAUCGCAGUUGCAAGGGGUUCCGCGCAUGAACCAGCCCGUAGCCGACGCGUUUUCCGAUCCCGGCACGGUGACAGCAGUCCGGACACCAUCCUCGGAGAAGCACGCCGUGGUCAAGAGAACUCAGAAUGUAUGAUUCGACAAGGGAAGAUCGGCGGCCCACGGGAUGGAUUUUAGCCUACAUUGCUCAGUUGUCCCCUCCCGUCCCGUUAUCGGGGAUAUUAUUAGUCAAGAAAGAUCACGCUCAGGCGAGGCAUUCAGAAAGAGAAUUAUAAAAACCGAUCAGAUGCAU